UUUCUACAUGCGGAAAAAGGGAGCUUACAUUUAAAAAAAAAUCAACAUAGGAUUACUUUACCCCUUUUUACUUUUCAUACUAAAUUGCCUAAACUAAGAAAAAAUCAAAAAGAAAUAGCAUUAAAAUCGAUUUUUAUUGACCAAUCAGAAUUGACUCCUAAGAUCUAUAAUUGCCUCAAAAGAUCUCAAGAAGACCUUAUGAAAAUUGAACAUUUUUGUCUAGAAGAUGUAAAACAUAUAUUGGGCAUUUUUGAAGUAGAAAAGCAUUUCACAACGGAUUUGCCAAAGAAAAAAUUCUAA